AUGGCGUCCCUGAAUCUGUCGAUAAACGGGCCUUCUAUAAAGAGCAGCUACAAUGGCGUCGUCAACGGCCCCGCGCCCUCCUCCAGCUCUCCCACUCAUGCCCAGUGGGCUUUGUUCUCAGUGCAGGCACCUCUCCUAAAUGCUUUCCAGGAUAGUGGCGCCAAGGAGAGCAUCCUCAAAGUGCAGGGCACCGGCGAUGGCGAGCUCGCCGACCUUGUUGAGGACUUCAGCGAGGGCCGCAUGCAAUUCGCCUUUGCCAAGGUCAAGGACCCCAACAGCGGUCUGCCCAAGAGCAUCUUGAUUGCCUGGUGCGGAGGCGGUGUCCCCGAGCGGACCAAGGGCUACUUCACCAGUCACCUGGCCGCUGUGUCAAAGGUCCUCCACGGAUACCACGUUCAGGUCACUGCUCGCUCCGACAGCGACCUCGAGAUCGACUCUAUCAUGCAAAAGGUCGCCGACGCAUCCGGCGCCAAAUACUCCGCCGGGACCUCCGCUCCUCGCGCUGCCGCGCCACCUCCGGUCAAAUCGAAACCUGUAUUCACUCCCACGACAAGCAGUCGCGGAGCCAACCCCCUUGUCGCCGCUCGAUCCAGGAGAGAGGAGAACGUCGAUGCGGACGGUUGGGGUGCUGACGCUCCUCCAGUUACCAGGAGCCAGCUAGAGAAGGUCGAAUCCGCCUACAAGCCUACCAAAGUAAACCUGGCCGACCUCACAAAGGAGCCCAGCGCAACGACGUCCAGCAGCAGCUUUGGCUUCAAAGAUGAUGUGCCAGACCAUGUCGUCAGGGGUGGCUACCAGCCAGUUGGGAAGAUUGAUAUUGCGGCCAUCCGCGCUCAGGCGAAGAAAACCGAAGACGAUCGGCCAACCAUUGUCAAGGGAGCCUACGAGCCCGUCGGAAAAGUUGAUAUUGCUGCCAUCCGAGCCAAGGCCCAGAAACCUGCCGCUGAGGCCCCUGAGGAGGAGCCGCGACCUCUCGCCGAACGCAAGGCUGCCUUCUCUCAACCCGCCCAGUCCGAGCGAAUGACAUCGCUUCCCAAGCCCAAGGUCGCAAACAAGUUCGGCGCCGCAGCGAGCUUCUCGGGGACCAAGGCGCCCACUCCCGGCGCACUGGGCCUUGGAUCCCCUGCUACUCCUGCUGCUGCCCCCGUCGGUGCUGCUAGCCGUACCUUUGCGGACCAGGGAGGCAAGACUCCUGCCCAACUUUGGGCCGAGAAGAAGGCCAAGCAAGGUGGAAAUGUCGGGGGCACCGUUUCUGCGCCCAGCGCCGCACCCGUCACGGCCCAAAAGAGUGGAGGAGAGUGGAAGAGCGGGUACACUGGCAAGAGCUGGGCGACGGUUCAGCCCUCUAGCUUCGGUCACGGCGCAAACGAUGAGGUGAGCCAGCACAACACGGGCGACGCUGAUGUGGGCGUCGAGACACCAACAUCGCCUUCUGGCGGUGUGUCUGCCAUGCGUGAUCGAUUCAAGGAUACCACCCCCAUUGGAUCUGCGCCGCCUCCACCUGGGCCUCGUCCUGUUGACGAUGAGCCAGCGCCGCCACCUGUUCCUGGCUCGAGACCGUCUGGGGGAUUUGCACUUCCUGGCCUCCCGAGCCGACCAGCUGCCGUGCAACAAGACAACGAGCCCGAGGAGCCUGGUGCAUACGAACCUGUGGCUCAGCGAGAGCAAUCCCCUGUUCGAAUCGCCGUUCCCGUCAGCCGUGGCCCGGAGCCUCCAGUCGUAACUCCCCCGGAGGAGCGAGCCCCUCCCCCUCUCCACCCCAGCCAGAUUGAUGUCCCCAAGGAGCAAGAUCUGCCCGAUCAAAAGGAAUCGUCGCACGCGGCUCGAGCUGCCGGUGCUGCGGUUGCUGGUAUUGCUGUUGGCGCGGGAGCGGUGGCGGUAGCCCACCAAGUGCUUGAGGAGUCUGAGCCAGAGCCGGAACCUGAGCAAGCCGGGCCACAGGCACCGGCCCAGGAAGGCUACCGAGCUGUAGUCCAGUACGACUACGAGCGAGCCGAGGACAACGAAAUCGAGUUGGUCGAGGGCGAGUACGUGACGAACAUUGAAAUGGUUGACGACGACUGGUGGAUGGGCACCAACUCCAAGGGCCACAGCGGUCUCUUCCCGAGCAACUACGUCGAAAUUGUGGAGGAUGGACAAGCCGAGGCUCAAGCUCCCGAGUUGCCACCGCCACCCCCCGCGGCUGACUCGGUUCCGGAGCCCCAGGCGCCGGUCCCCGAGCCGGCCGGUGCGGCCGGACCCACCGCGACGGCCCUGUACGACUACGAGGCCGCAGAAGACAAUGAACUGAGCUUCCCUGAGGACGCGACGGUGACCGGACUCGAGUUCCCUGACGAGGAUUGGUGGUUUGGACACUAUGCUGGAAACUCUGGUCUUUUCCCAGCCAACUAUGUGCAGCUGGAUUCUUAA